AUGAGGACCUUUGGUGGAGGAGGAGGGGACAGUUCCUUCAGGGGCAUCCGGACCUUCAGGAGAGCUCUCCUUCAGGGGAGCACAACCUCUGUUCUGGGAGCAGGGAAGUUCCACGCUGACACAGAAUUUGGCAUUCGGGAACACAAAGAGUUAGAUCUCCUUCAUGAACACGGGAAGGGUCGCUGUGAGGGUGACAGCUUCCUCGGCCCCUCUCAUUCUCGUCCACCCAGGCUAAACAUCCUCAGGCCCCUCAACUACCCUCUUGGACACAAAGUCACUCCUGCCCUGGGGCAGCCAGAGCUGGCUGUUUUCCCCCUCCACCUUUUCACUUCAGUGUAUCAUUACCAGUUCAAGAUCCAGUUCAUCAACCAACUUGAGAAACCAGUAGAACCAACGUUUACUAUGACACUCCUGGGAACAAAAGAGGAAAACCAGAAAAUUACCAUCACUCUGGAUCAAGAAAUUACUAGUAAUAAAACCUAUUCCUUCCUUAUCACGUUGGAUUUGGAUAUCGGUGAGCUGGUCAUGAUCAAGUUCAAGUGGGAAAAUGGCGCAGUAUGGACCAAUGUCUGGAACACGGUCCAAACCAUCAUCCCAUGGAGCAGAAGGCCCCUCUACUCGGGUCUUGUUGCAAAGACCAUCAGAGUCAAGGCGGGAGAAACCCAGCAACGAAUGACAUUUUGCUCCGAAAACACGGAUGGCCUACAACUCCAACCAACCCAGGAGAAAACCUUUGUGAGAUGUAACAGAAACUCUAAAAAACUGAAGGGAAACAUCAGAUGAGCUUUAAUGAAGACCCAAUGUGAAAAACAAAUGAUCUUAUUCCUCCUCUGGAAUGGUUACUUUAUCUGGAAACCCAAGUUAUAUAAACAAUGUUGCAUAAAGUUGAAAUAAAGUUUAGAUUUAAAGGAGGUGUACAGUUUCACUAUUCUAAACUGAGCUUUUAAAAACUUUAUUAUGGGGGAACCUGAGUGACCCAGUUGGUUAAUCAUCUGAUUCUUUCGGCUCCGGUCAUGAUCACACGGGUCGUGAGUUCAAGCCCCACAUUGGGCUCUGAACUGAUGGCACGGAGCCUGCUUGGGAUUUUGUCUCCCUCUCUCUCUGCCCCUCCCCCAUACUC